AAAUGAAGAUCAGGAGCAGAUCUGAAGAAAUGCAGAGUGAACUGGUGCCAGUCAGCAUGUCAGAGACGGAGCACACAGCCUCCACUUCCUCUGAAGAAAGCAGUGGGAAAACACCGGAAGGAAAGGAAGGCUCAUGCAAUUCUGCUUCUGGUGAUGAAAGCAGCAGCUUGGAAAAUGACCCACGGCCAUUGUCCCCAGGCUUUGAUACCACUUCAUGUCGCCCCAGUGAGCACAGUAGCAAAACUGAAGCACAGAAAGAUUGCAUUUCAGAUCAUGGUGGACAGGAGGGUUCUUGUCCUAAAACAGACAUAUGCCCAGAACAUUCUGAACAAAUGGCUCAGUUUCCUGUUGGAAAUGUUUCAGAACAGGUUUCUAAAACAAAUGAAACAGAGCAGACAGUAACACAGAUAUUGGCAGAAUUAAGGUCAUCUACAUUUACAGAAACAGCUGACCAAAAGACUUAUUCAGAGAGUCCCUAUGAUACAGCUUGUACCAAGAAACUGAUUUCAAAAAUCAAGAAUGAUUCUACAUCGGAGGAUUUGUUAGAAGAAAUCGAAUCUGAGCUCUUAUCUACAGAGUUGACAGAUGAACACCGUGUGCGGAAUGGAAUGAAUAAGGGGGAACAUGCAUUAGUUAUGUUUGAAAAAUGUGUACAAGAUAAGUAUUUGCAGCAGGAACAUACCAUAAAAAAGUUAAUUAAAGAAAAUAAGAAGCAUCAAGAGCUCAUUUUAGACAUUUGCUCUGAGAAAGACAAUUUAAGAGAAGAACUUAAAAAACGAACAGAAACAGAGAAGCAACAUAUGAGUACAAUUAAACAGUUGGAAUCAAGAAUAGAAGAACUUAAUAAAGAAGUUAAAGCUUCCAAAGACAAACUGGUAGCACAAGAUACUGCAGCUAAAAAUGCAAUUCAGCAGUUGCACAAAGAGGUGGCCCAUCGGAUGGAGCAGGCCAGCAAAAAAUGUGAAGAGGCACGCCAAGAAAAGGAAGCAAUGGUAAUGAAGUAUGUAAGAGGUGAGAAGGAGUCUUUAGACCUUCGAAAGGAAAAAGAGAUACUUGAGAGAAAACUUAGAGAUGCAAAUAAGGAAUGUGAGAAAAGCACUAACAAAAUUAAACAGCUUUCUCAGGAGAAAGGAAGGUUGCAGCAGCUGUAUGAAACAAAGGAAGUGGAAACAACUAGACUCAUCAAAGAGACAGACAAAUUAAAAGAAGAUGUCAACUCUCACAUCAUUAAAGUAAAAUGGGCACAAAACAAAUUAAAAGCUGAAAUGGAUUCACACAAGGAAACCAAAGAUAAACUCAGAGAAACAGCAACAAAGUUAACCCAGGCAAAAGAAGAAACAGAACAGAUACGAAAAAACUGUCAAGACAUGAUAAAAACCUAUCAGGAGUCAGAAGAAAUUAAAUCAAAUGAACUUGAUGCAAAGCUCAGAGUCACAAAGGGAGAACUUGAAAAACAAAUGCAAGAAAAAUAUGACCAGCUAGAGAUGCAUCAUGCCAAAAUAAAGGAACUAGAGGAUCUGAAGAGAACAUUCAAGGAGGGCAUGGAUGAGCUACGGACAUUGAGAACCAAGGUGAAAUGUCUAGAAGAUGAACGACUAAGGACAGAAGAUGAGUUAUCAAAAUAUAAGGAAAUUAUUAAUCGCCAGAAAGCAGAAAUUCAGAAUUUAUUGGACAAAUUGAAAGCUGCAGAUCAGAUACAGGAGCAGUUUCAAAGAGGUAAACAAGAAAUUGAAAAUUUGAAGGAAGAAGUGGGAAGUCUUAAUUCUUUGAUUAAUGACCUACAAAAGGACAUCGAAGGCAGUAGGAAAAGAGAAUCUGAGCUCCUCCUCUUCACAGAAAAGCUCACUAGCAAGAAUGCGCAGCUUCAGUCUGAAUCCAAUUCUUUGCAGUCACAAUUUGAUAAGCUUUCCUGUAGUGAAAGUCAGUUAUACCGCCAAUGUGAACAAAUGAAAGAGACAAAUGCUCAUUUGGAAAGCCGAUUGUUGAAGGAGGAAGAACUACGAAAAGAGGAAGUCGAGACUCUACGAACUGAACUCACCUGUAGACAAACAGAAGUUCAGACAUUGAGCACGCGGGUAGAAGAACUCAAAGACGAGCUAGUCACUCAGCGACGCAGACACGCUUCAAGCAUCAAGGACUUCACCAAACAGCUUCAGCAGGCUCGAAGAAAAUUAGAUCAGGUUGAAAAUGGAAAUUAUGAUAAAGAAGUCAGCAGCAUGGGGAGUCGUUCCAGCUCAUCAGGUUCUCUGAAUGCUCGAAGCAGUGUCGAAGACCGGUCUCCGGAGAACACGGGGUCCUCGGUCACUGUGGAUAACUUUCCAGAAGUAGACAAGGCCAUGCUGAUCGAGAGGAUUGUCAGGCUACAGAAGGCGCAUGCCCGGAAAAAUGAAAAGAUAGAAUUUAUGGAGGACCACAUAAAACAGUUGGUGGAAGAAAUUAGGAAGAAAACAAAAAUAAUCCAGAGUUAUAUUUUACGGGAGGAAUCAGGCACUCUCUCUUCAGAGGCUUCUGACUUCAACAAAGUCCAUUUGAGUCGACGGGGCGGUAUCAUGGCAUCUCUAUAUACAUCUCAUCCGGCCGACAGCGGGUUAACACUAGAACUUUCUCUGGAGAUCAACCAGAAAUUACAGGCUGUUUUGGAGGAUACAUUACUAAAAAAUAUUACUCUGAAGGAAAACCUCCAGACGCUUGGAACAGAAAUAGAACGUCUUAUUAAACACCAGCAUGAACUGGAACAGAGGCCCAGGAGAACCUAGCACGGAGCCCUUGUCAGUGAGCAGGUCACACGGGGAGCAGGUGCCACUG